CCCGCGCCUCGUGAGUCCCGCGCGUGCCCGCACCCGAGGCGGUUGGUCUGCAGGGCCGGCGACGCGCGACUGGAGGUGAUUCUUUCCAGUGGGAGGAGAAAACCAGUGCCUGGCCCCUCACCAGCUUUCUUCUUGCCAUGAUCAAGUGCCUGUCAAGUGAAGUACAAGCUAAGUUGCGCUCCGGUUUGGCUAUCUGCUCCCUGGGCCAGUGUGUGGAGGAGCUUGUCCUCAACAGUGUUGAUGCUGAAGCAAGAUGUGUGGCGGUCAGGGUGAAUCUGGAAACCUUCCAAGUUCAAGUGAUAGACAAUGGUUUGGGCAUGGGGAGUGAAGAUGUAGACAAGGCGGGAAAUCGGUAUUUCACCAGUAAAUGCAACUCCAUCCAGGACUUGGAGAAUCCAAGGUUCUUUGGUUUCAGAGGAGAGGCCUUGGCAAGUGUAGCUGACAUGGCCAGCGCUGUGGAAAUCUCUUCCAGGAAAAAUAGGACAAUAAAAACUUUUGUCAAACUCUUUCAGAAUGGAAAAGCCCUGAAAGUUAGCGAAGCUGACUUGACUCGACCAAGUGCUGGGACCACAGUUACUGUACAUAAUCUGUUUUAUCAGCUACCUGUAAGGAGGAAAUGCAUGGAUCCCAGGCUGGAGUUCGAGAAGGUCAGGCAAAGAAUAGAGGCGCUCUCGCUUAUGCAUCCUGCCAUUUCUUUCUCUUUGAGAAAUGACGUUUCUGGGUCCAUGGUUCUUCAGCUCCCUAAAGCCAAAGACACAUGUUCCCGAUUUUGUCAAAUCUAUGGACUGGGUAAGUCCCAGAAGUUAAGAGAAAUAAAUUUUAAAUAUAAGGAGUUUGAGCUCAGUGGCUACAUUAGCUCUGAAGCACAUUACAAUAAGAAUAUGCAGUUUUUGUUCGUGAACAAAAGGCUAGUUUUAAGGACAAAAUUGCACAAACUCAUUGAUUUCUUACUCAGAAAAGAAAGCAUUAUAUGCAGGCCAAAGAAUGGCUCUGCCAGUAGGCAAGUGAAUUCAAGCCCUCGGCAGCGGUCUCACCCCGAGCUCCAUGGGAUAUAUGUCAUCAAUCUGCUGUGCCAAUUCUGUGAGUAUGAUGUGUGCUUGGAGCCAGCAAAAACUCUGAUUGAGUUUCAGAACUGGGACAGUCUUUUGAUUUGCAUCCAGGAAGGAGUGAAAAGGUUUUUAAAGAAAGAAAAGCUAUUUGUGGAAUUAUCAGGUGAGGACCUCAAGGAGUUGAGUGAAGAUAAUGAUUUUAACUUAUUUAGUGCUACGCUUCAGACGCAUGUGUCCUCUAAUGAAAAGUGUGACCAGUUCCGUUUCCAAGAAGCAUGUAGUAAUAUACUGGAUUCCUAUGAAAUGUUUAAUCUGCAGUCCAAAGCUGUGAAAAGAAAAGCCCCUACAGAAGACACAGAGGCACCGAAUUUCAGGGAUGUGGAACCUAUCGGGAAAAAGACAACUGAUUCAUUUCUGUAUACUUGUGAAUCAGAGGGCCCCAGCCAUAGUCAGAUGACAGAGCCUGCUUCACCAAAUGAAGAUAGGACUGGCUCAGAAGCAAGGAUCUUAGAACAAGCGACAGCUGAAGAAUCAGAACCAGGAGAAAAUGAGAAAAAUAAGAAUUCUCAGUUUGAACCUAACUCUUCAGAAACUCCAAGUAGAGUCAGCUCAGAAAUGUUUGCAAGCCCUUUGCAGAGAACAUGUCAUUCUGAGGACAGUGGAGAAGAUCUAGAAAUACAAAACGUCAGCACUACUGUUCAUGGCAUGGCUGCCAACAUCCUGAGAAACAGCAGAAUUCAGAAUCAACUAGAGAGACAUAAAAGAGCUACUGAUUUGGCAUGCCAGCCUCUGCCUUGUAAGACGUCACUGAGGGAACAUGGUGCUCAGAGAGAGAAAGAGAAAAGUAAGAAUGAACCUGGUGAUUGGGGCAGAAAGAAUGUUUUUAGUUGUGGACAAGUUAGAUUAUCUUCCACUGGCUUCAUAACUCAUGUGGUGCAAAAUGAACAGGCUAACCCAAGGGAAGCACAACUUUUGUUUAAAAAUUGUGUUCCAUUUGGACCGAGGAGGGAGACAUUUGGAAGUUGCCAUUCAGUGGAGACUUCAGAUGUCCAAGAUUUAACCAGCACUUUUAGUAAAGAAUGUGCUCAAGUGCCCAAUAAAAAGUUUUGCAGAGCAAGUACAAGUUUUGGGCGGGAGGAAAAACCUAUAUCAGCCUAUGAAGAUUUUGCUGCUUCUCAAAAAGAAAGUGGAAAACCAGGCACAGAUUGCCUAUUUCUUGACACAUCCUCUUUUCCUUGGUGUAGGAAGGUUUCAGUUGGUAGUAAGAAAACAGAUAAGUCAGUGGGUCCCUUCAAAAUCAUAACCCGUAAAAAGCUGUGCUUAAAUGCACAACUGGGAUCUUUAGAGAAGUUUAAGAGGCAAUAUGGGAAGGUUAAAAGUCAUCUGAAUUCUGAAGAAGAGGAAAAUAAUUUCGAAAUCCCUACCAAUCUCAGCCUCCACGUUGACUCUGAUGCGUCCCAGACAGACAAAAACCACUUAGAUAAUUCUGACAUUCAUAAACUCACUACUGUGAAACAGAGUGAUUCAACUAGUUGUCAACAAGUAAGUAAUAUCCUUGAUUCAGAGAAGUUUCCAUUCUCCAAGGAAAAAGACUAUUUGGAACAACAAAUGCCUUGCUUGAACGAAAGUCCUAUAACUCUGCAGGAAUUAGCUCAUGUUAACAGAAAAACUGUGAAUAUUGAAGAUUCACCUGAAUCACUAGCCUCUAAAUUAGCCAAGAUGAGAAGUUCUGAAAGAGAGAAUCCCACAGUGGAGAUGAUGAGUCAUUUUGGUGAGUUUUCACAAUUGGAUCCCAGUAGGAAUAAUAGUGAUUCGUGUGGCGGGUUAACCCUGGAUUCCCAGUCGCUUACCAAUGAACAUGAAAGAAACGAGAGUUGCAUCGUCCAAAUGCCAGACUCUAUCACACAGGCUAAUUCCUUCAGUAAGGUUAGUGAAACGCAUUCUACCAGCAGUCUACCAGAGGACUCUGUGAUACCAGAACCUCCCUCACUGCUACCCUGUCAUAAUGGUGCACUUACUAGUGAAGCUUUGGUAGCUUCACAGCAGAUCAGAAGUCCUGCUUCUUCCAAAACCAUGUUUGUGGGUCAAGUGGAAGACCUCCCAGCUGACCAAGCUGAAACAUGCUUUCAGGCUGAGGAGUCUACUGUAGCAAGGACUUGUUCAGAAAUUGAAACAUCAAACACAUGUUCUUUGGAUUGGCAGCAGCAUUUUGAUACAGUCUUGGGAAGAAUGGUUUACAUCAACAAAAUGACUGGACUUAGCACAUUUGUCACCCCUACCGAGGACGUGCAGGCUGCUUGCACGAAAGACUUGACCACCAUGGCCGUGGAUGUCAGGCUUGAGAAUGGAUCUCAGUACAGGUGUCAUCCUUUUCGAAGUGACCUUGUUCUUCCUUUCCUUCCAAGAGCUCGGAAAGAGAGGGCUGUGAUGGGCCAGACUAACAGAGAUGCUGCAGACGAGGCUGCUGGGAGUGACUCACUUCAGUGUCUGCUCUCAGAAUGGGACAAUCCCGUAUUUGCCCGUUGUCCAGAGGUUGCUGUUGAUGUGAGCAGUGGCCAGGCUGAGAGCUUAGCAGUGAAAAUCCACAAUGUCCUGUAUCCCUAUCGCUUCACCAAAGACAUGAUCCAUUCAAUGCAGGUUCUCCAGCAAGUGGAUAACAAGUUUAUUGCCUGUUUAAUGAGCACUAAGACGGAAGAGAAUGCCGGGGCAGGUGGGAACUUGCUGGUGCUGGUGGACCAGCACGCCGCGCAUGAGCGCGUCCGUCUGGAGCAGCUCAUCCUUGAUUCUUAUGAGAAGCAGCCCCCUCAAGGCUCUAAGCGGAAAAAAUUACUGUCUUCCACCAUAAGUCCUCCCCUGGAAAUAACAGUGACAGAGGAACAAAGGAGACUCUUAUGGUGCUACCACAAAAAUCUGGAAGAUCUGGGCCUUGAAAUUCUGUUUCCGGACUCCAGUGAUUCCCUAGUCCUUAUAGGAAAAGUACCUCUCUGUUUCGUAGAGAGAGAGGCCAGUGAACUCCGAAGAGGAAGAUCCACUGUGACCAAGAGUAUUGUGGAGGAAUUGCUUCGAGAACAAGUAGAGCUGCUGCAGACGACUGGCAGCAUCCAGGGGACUUUGCCACUGACUGUCCAGAAGGUGCUGGCAUCUCAAGCCUGCCACGGGGCCAUUAAGUUCAACGACAGCCUGAGCUUCGAGGAAUGCUGCCGCCUUAUUGACGCGCUGUCCUGGUGCCGGCUGCCGUUCCAGUGCGCCCACGGGAGGCCCUCAAUGCUGCCUUUGGCCGACAUCAAUCACUUGGAACAGGACACACAGGUGAAACCCAAUCUCGCGAAACUUCGUAAAAUGGCUCAAGCCUGGCGUCUCUUUGGAAAAACAGAAAGAUGUGAUACAAGCCUUAAGCCCACUCUGUCGGCUUGUGAACCAACCUGAGGACAAAAUCAUCAGUCUUGUGGCUGGAGAGAUUGUCUGGCGG